AUGGCAAAGUAUCAUAUAAAAUAUUUGACAAUGCAACGCAUAUUAUCCUUAUUUUCAUGGCACCAAAAGAACUCUACAUCGUCAAAAGAAGAAAUUAUAAAAACUUGCUUACAGAAAUUAUCGCAAGCAGAAGAAUUCAAUGAAGUAAAAUUGCAUCGGCAUGAAAAACUGGCGUUGAAUAAGCUAAAUCAACACGCGGAUAUCAAAUUUCCCCUUUCCGGAAAAGUGAAGGAUACCAAAGAAAAAGUUUUUAUCAUGAUCCAAAUCGUAUUAGGAAAUGUGCCUUUAGAGGAUUCAUCAACACGCGUACAAUUCAAUACGGAGUCAAGAGUCAUCAUUCAGCAUAGCCAUCGUAUACUGAAAUGUCUCGUUGAGUUAGCAGCAUAUAAAGAGAAUGUCACGAUUUUGAAAAUUGCAAUGGAUUUAGCGAGAUGUAUGAAGUCAAAAAUGUGGAAUGAUUCCCCGUUACUGCUAAAACAACUAGAUGGCAUUGGAGAACAAUACGCGAAAAAACUUGCAGAUGCUGGAGUUACAAAUUUUGAACAGUUAAAAGAAUGUGAACCAUGGAAAAUUGAAACUGCUUGUAAUCGAUAUCCACCAUUCGGACAUAAUGUUCACGAAACGGUUUCGACCUUACCAAGUCUUAAGCUCGAUAUUGAACGUGGAUUCUCUAACUCACCAGAAUAUCAAGUAUAUGUUGUGAAUAUUUGCCUGAACAACAAUGAGAAAGUAUCCAUAAAGCGUAAUGGAAUAAAUUUAAAUGCUGCAUUUAUAGCUGCUACAGAUGAUUUAUUAAUAGAAUUUCGUCAAGUGCCGUUAUGGAAAAUUCAACAAGGAUUAAAAUUUCAUUUCAAAUCAAAUAUUCAAACGAAUCAAUUGAUCACUUGUUCCGUUCUACCGGAGGAAUUUAGUGAGUACAAGGAUUUUGUUGAAAACCAGGUUACUGAAUCGCAUGGCGUCAAGAUUCUCGGAUUGGAUAUCCACAAAACAAUUAUACCAAAUAUUCAACCUGCGGAUGUGUGUAAUAAUAUUCUUAUUGCACCCACGGAAAAAUCCCAGAAGUUCGAAAUCAACAAGACGAAUUGUGUACAACACCAUAAACAGCAGGGCUUUAUCGAAAGUAAUGAGCUUCUUCAAAUUCAGAUAACCACUAUUCCCUUACAAACAUCCAAUACGAAGGAAAAGCAACAUGAUAGCACUAUUAAAAGUCCAAAGUUACUACCUAACGGUCGAGUAAAAUGCAAUCAUGCUUGUAAAGACAAGCAAAAACGUGCACCAAAGAAGCGAAAGAAUAAUAUAAUUUCUUCACCAACAUUUUCAUACAAUAAACAAUUUACCAUUGACGAACCAUCACCUAAGACAAGGAAAACUCAAGCCACAGAUACACAACAAAUAGGUUUUGAAUUAGAACAGCAGGCAUAUCAAGAUACGGUAUCGAUUACUAGAAGUCCAGGUUAUUCUUAUCCGACGCUUGACGAAGAAAUAAAAUCGCAACCAGCUACUCACGAUGAAUAUGAUUUGUCAUAUCAAUCAUGGCUCGAAACUUGGGAUAUAAAUGAGUUAGAUUUUAUUUCAAAAGUGGACUUAGACGAUGAUAAAUUUUCUGAAGAAAUGACAAUUGAAGACAAGAAAAAUAUGGCCGGUGUAGAAACAGAAAAUCGAUCAACCAAAAAUAAGACAUAUGAUAUGUUGGAAAUCAACCUAACUUCCGAUACUGAUCUCGAAAUUUCAUGCGGGGGUAAGGAUGAAAUGAAUUAUAAGACUUUCACUGAAGCAUUAGGAGUUUUCGAUUACAUACUUCAAACUAUUAUUUAA